CCCUUGUACUCAUGCAUGAGAUGAACAAGGAAAGCAAGCAGCGUUUGCAGAAGCUGUUUAAAUGCGGACAGUUCGCCAUCCGCUGGGGAUUUAUCCCCAUGGUCCUUUACUUAGGAUUUAAAAGAGGAGCUGAUCCUGGGAUACCACAGCUUAAUUUACUUAGUUUGCAUUGGGGAUAAAUAAAGCUACA